GAGGAAACGAUCGACGUUCGGCGACAGCGGCGUCGAACCAAACUGCGUCUCUCCGCGUCGCGCGCUUGUUGCGCAAGCCACGAGGCGUCGGAGAGGAAGCUUCCCGAGCGCGAGAGGAUAUUGCAAAACGCGCUUUCUCAAACAUUCCUGUGACUUAUAAAGAAGUGGCCCGACGCGCGCUCUUCAGGGUCCGAUGGAGAACGCCGAGCGCGUGUUCUUGGGUCGAGAACGGGCCGAGUUUUGACGGAACGAAUCGCGAUGCUUCGGGAAGGACUGUAGAUAUGGGUCAGUUGUCCCUCGUUUUUCUGCUCGCUGUACUUUGGGCGGCUGAAUGUGGCGUAAUAUCAACUCAAGAGCCUGUAGGUUCAGGGUCGUGUGUGGAUUACGGACAGGAGUUUGACCGGGUGUACUCGGUCCCGGGUGAAGUGGUCAUUCUGGAGUGCCCGCUGAGUCCCGCUGAAACGCCGUUUAACGUCACGUGGUACGAUGACAGAACGGGCUCCGAGAUCACGGACCUGGAGCAGAACGUCACGCUCAGGAACACACAAGUGUGGUUCUUCAACGUCACGCUGCAGCAGCAAGGAAAGUACACAUGUGUGGUCAGGACCGCCGGGGGCGAUUGCUACAAGAAGUCGACGGGGCUGGUGGUGACCGAGAUGUCGUCGGAAAACUGCGAGCGGCCGCAGAAGGGCCUCCAGCGGGUCAGGGCUCACGGGAACGAUCUGCUCGUCUGCCCUCUGAGGAGAUACCUGGAGAGCGUGGACAGCCCGUCCAUCCGCUGGUACAAGAACUGCGACCUCCUUCGAGAAGAUGAGAAGUUCGCUCCGAAUAAAGAUAUGCUCAACAUACUCCAAAUAAACCCCGACGACGCCGGAGCUUACACCUGCACAAUGAGCUUUCUUUUAGCCGGCGUCGUGCGAGAAAUGGCCGAAACCAUCGAGUGUGAAGUAGUGGAUGACAAUUUAAAUAAACCCCAAGUGAUCGAGCCUGUCAAUGAGACCAUCAAAGUGGAGAACGGUUCGUCCUUCGGGAAGGACUGCGUCGUCCACGUUCGGGGUAAAGGCGUCGUCAUGGUCAACGUGGUCUGGGCCCAGCUGGAGUCUGAAGAUGUGUUCAUCUCCAAAAACACGUCGCAGCGCGUUCAUCAGAAGCUCGUGAGUAAAAGCCAAACGGAGGAUGGCUAUCGUAUCGUGCAAAGGCUCCUGCUGUCUGCCGUCUCUGAAGAGGAUUUCUAUUUAAACUUCACCUGUAUCGUGUCCAGCAGCCGAGGAUAUCUGACCGGUCAGAUCACGCUCGUCCCUCCAGAUCCGAACCUCUUCUUGCUUCUUGGUCUUCUCCUGGGUUUGGUGGCAUUGCUCUUCGUGUCCGGUGUGCUUCUGUGCACCGUGUUCAAGGUGGAGCUGGCCUUGUGCGUCAGGACGGUGUUUCCAUUUGUCUACAAAACCACAGAGGGUGACGGCAAGCAGUACGAUGCAUACAUCGCCUUUCCCAGAGUCCUCGAGGGCUCGAGCGAAAAGGCGGAGAUUUUUGCGAUGAGCACUUUGCCGCAGGUUCUGGAGGGCCAGUACGGCUAUAAACUGUUCAUCCUGGGCCGGGACGGCCUGCCUGGGGAAGCGGUGGUGGACGUGGUCCAGGACGCUCUGAGCCGCUGCCGCAGGCUGCUUCUGCUCUACACGGCGGCGUCUCUCUGCAGCCCCGAGGCGCUGGAGUGGGCCGAGCAGCAGACCGGUCUCUACCAGGCGCUGGUGGAGAACUCCAUGAGCGUGGUGCUGCUGGAGCUGGAGGAGAUCCGCGAGCCGCUGCUCCUGCCUCGCGCCGUGCGCCUCCUCAAGGACAAACAGGGAGCUCUUCAGGCCUGGAAGAGGAGGAAGAGGUGGCCGUUCUGGGACAGGACGUCAGAGGGGAGCGUGUCCUCUCUGAAACCCUCGGCACGCUUCUGGAGGGAGGUGCGCUACCGCAUGCCGGUCAGAGGCAAAGCUAAACAGAGAAACUGGUUUAGUUUCUGAAUGAACACUAAAAUAAACACUCGGGGUCAAGCUGGAAAGUUCCUGGAUGAAUCAUAACAGUGCAAGAUAAGAUGAGGCCAAAAAAAAGAGAGAGAUUAAUACUUUCAUUCAUCAAGAAUGCAUUAAAUGGACCAGAAAUGACUAUAUAUAUAUAUAUAUAUAUAUAUAUGUAUAUAUAUGUAUAUA